AGAACACGCCCAGCCUUCAGUUCAGCCUAGUGAGCUGAGAGGAUCUCUCUGCAGCUCUGAUACAUUUACCGUUUUAAGAGGUAAAAUACUAUUUCAACAGCUUUUUUUCUGGAGAAUGAUACACUUAAAGGAAAGGGGCAUAUCAUGCUAAGAGAUGAGGAUGACACAAUAUGUGCCCUUUAAUUAUUUUCCUGGGAAACAAAGUGCCAGAAGAAAGUUCCACUGUUAGUCCUGUGUAUGUCUGCCACAUAUCUAUUGGCUGCUGCUGAGUAAGGGCUGACGCUUUGGCUGCUCACAUCACUGAGGAUUUAGAAUCUCAAAGUCGGAAGUUCUUCAACUGCGAUAACCAGUUUCAUAAUGGCCUCAAUUGAUCCUUAUCAACAUAUAAUCGUUGAACAUCAGUAUUCUCAUAGAUUCACAGUAACCGUAAUAAAGGCCACCAAUGUCACAAAGGGAACAUUCGGCGAUAUGCUUGACACCCCAGAUCCCUAUGUGGAACUUUAUAUUUCAUCCGCACCAGAUAGCAGGAAAAGGACCAAACAUUUUAACAAUAAUAUCAACCCAGUCUGGAAUGAGACAUUUGAAUUUAUUCUGGAUCCUAACCAAGAUAAUGUUUUGGAGAUAACUCUAAUGGAUGCAAAUUAUGUGAUGGAUGAAUCUCUGGGCACUACAACAUUUCCAAUCUUGUCAGUUAAACCAGGAGAGAAGAAACAAGUCCCAUUUACUUUUAAUAAGGUCACAGAGAUGAUACUGGAAUUCUCUCUUGAAGUUUGUUCAUCCACUGACCUGAGAUUCAGCAUGGCCCUUUGUGAUCAGGAAAAGCUUUUCAGGCAAAAGCGCAAAAACAAAGUCAUCAAUGGACUAAGGAAACUUUUAGGUCCAGAAAAAACGCAAGAUCUCAAUUCAACUUCAAGAGAUGUACCAGUAAUUGCUGUGCUUGGAUCUGGAGGAGGCUUCCGUGCAAUGAUUGGAUUCUCAGGUGUCAUGAAAGCGUUAUAUGAAUCAGGAGUUCUAGACUGUGCCACGUAUGUUGCUGGUUUGUCUGGAUCUACAUGGUACAUGUCUACACUUUAUUCACAUCCAGAUUUUCCAACUAAAGGGCCAAAGGAAAUAAACAAAGAAUUAAUGCAUAAUGUUAGUUACAACCCGCUACUCCUGCUCACUCCUCAGAAAGUAAAACGCUACGUCGAAGCCUUGUGGAAAAAGAAAAGCUCUGGCCAGCCAGUCACAUUCACUGAUAUUUUUGCCAUGCUUAUCGGAGAGACGCUCAUUAAAGAUAGAAUGAACAGAAAACUGAGUCACAUGCAGGAAAAAAUAAAUGAUGGUCAGUGUCCCCUGCCAUUAUUUACUUGUCUUCAUGUUAAACCGGAUGUGUCGGAGCUGAUGUUUGCAGAUUGGGUGGAAUUCAGCCCAUAUGAAAUUGGAAUGGCCAAAUAUGGCACCUUCAUGCCCCCUGGCCUUUUUGGAAGCAAGUUUUUUAUGGGAACUGUGAUAAAAAAGUAUGAAGAAAAUCCUUUGCACUUUUUCAUGGGUGUCUGGGGCAGUGCUUUUUCAAUAUUAAUCAACAGAGUGCUUGGUGUUUCCAAUAACAGCAAAGGUUCCACAAUGGAAGAGGAAAUAGAAAAUCUCAAGCCAAAGCACAUACUCGGCAAUGACAGUUCUGACAGUGAUGAUGAGAUGCAGGAACCAAAAGGUACUGAAAAUGCUAAAGCAGAGGAGGAAUAUCUGAGAAAUAAUCAAGCCAGUUGGGUGCAGCGUAUGCUGAUGGCGAUACUGGGUGACUCUGCUAUAUUUAAUACCCGUGAAGGAAGAGCUGGGAAAGUGCACAACUUCAUGCUUGGAUUAAACCUUAAUACAUCAUACCCAUAUUCACCUCUUUCAGGCUUAUGCACUCAGCAGUCUAUGGAGGAGGAUGAGCUUGAUGCUGCUGUUGCCGAUCCAGAUGAGUUUGAGCAAAUAUAUGAACCACUUGAUGUGAAGAGCAAAAAAAUACACAUAGUGGACAGUGGGCUAACGUUUAAUUUGCCAUAUCCUCUUAUUUUAAGACCUCAAAGAGGAGUUGAUUUAAUAAUUUCAUUUGAUUUUUCUGCAAGGCCCAGUGAUUCAAGUCCACCUUUCAAGGAACUCCUACUUGCUGAGAAAUGGGCACGGAUGAAUAAGCUGCCCUUUCCAAAAAUAGACCCACACGUCUUUGACCGAGAAGGACUGAAAGAAUGCUACAUAUUUAAACCAAAAAACACAUCAGUAGAAAAAGAUUGCCCUACCGUCAUUCAUUUCGUGCUGGCUAAUCUUCAGUUUAGAAACUUUAAGGCGCCAGGCGUGCCACGGGAAACCACUGAAGAGAAGGAAUCUGCUGACUUUGACAUUUUUGAUGAUCCAGAAACACCAUUUUCCACAUUUAAUUUCCAGUACCCAAAUGUGGCUUUUAAACAGCUGCAUGACCUUAUGGAGUUCAACACUCUGAACAACAUAAAUGUAAUUAAGCAAGCCAUGGUCGAAAGUAUUGAAUACAGAAGGCAGCACCCGUCCCGUUGUUCCGUCUCAUUAAAUGAUGUGGAAUCACGGAAGUUACACCACAAAGAUUCCCAAAGCAAGUUUCAAAUGUGAACUCUACAUACCCGGAUAUGGAGAAUAGCUGUAUAUGAGUACAUACCAGGAACUGUUUAGGCAACUAACCUUAAAACAUCAAUCUAUAUCAGCAGGAAGGCUAUCAUUAAGUAAUGCUACAUCAGUUACAUCAUUUAUUUUUCUAUUGCUGUUGAAUAGGAUUUAUUAUGAAAUAGCAUGAAACCUCCAUUGCUGUAGAGACAAAUGCUUCUCCCUCCGAGACAUGCUGAUUGUUUGAUCUGUAUUUUUAUAUAUUGAGUAUAUUUAAAAAAAAAAAAUGGAAUCUCCUUGUAAGCUAAGUAUCCAUUCGCUUUACUCAAUCACUUGGAGUUGUGUAGGGGGUAUGAUUACGCACCGGUAUAAUUAUUAAUAGAGAAAAAGAAAGUGAAAAGCAGUAAACCCCACACUCUCCAAAAUUGAUUUUAGAAUAACUAAAAAAUUAGCAGAUUUUUCGUACAGUGCUGAAUGGCAUUAUCAUCCAGUGUAUAAAUCAACUUCAAUUCAUUAAUAAACUAUUUCAAUUAAUUUCCGUUCAUUAGUGUUUAAUAAAUGAAUUCAAUAAAGUGACUGUGCUUAAGUAUAAAUAUUAAAAAGUUAGUGUAUAGUUAUAUAGAUUAAAAACGGCGCCAGCAAUUCAUGAGUUAAAGAAUGGAAACAGAAAAUAGUAUAGAGGUGGAGUUGUCCUGAAGAUUUUAUUGAAUUCAUUUAUUAUACACUAAUGAAUAGAAAUGGUUUAUUAAUGAAUUGAUGUGGUGUGCUGGCAACAAAGUUGAUUUAUACACUGGAUGAUAUUGGCAUUCUGCACUUUAAGAAAAAUCUGAUAAUUUUUUAAUUAUUCUAAAAUCUAUUUUGGAAAGUUUGGAGAGUGUGGGGUUUACUGCUUUUCUUUUCUUUUUUAAAAUAAUAACCUUUUAAUUUAGUUAAAAAAAUUAAAAGAAAUUUCAAAUCCUUUGUUUCUUUAUCCUUUAUCCUAUGUUUCUUUAUGAAGAGCAUCUGUACAUCUCCAUUGAUUUUUUGCCAAUCCCUUCCAGGAUAAGUGGAUUUUCACAGGCACCUAUAAAGCCAGACCAAAAGUGCUGACCGUUCCAUUCACAAUAUGAAAACACAUAAUUUUAUUGGAAGACCCUUUGGAGUCAUGGGUUAAAUCCUUGGGUUUGUUUUCAGCCUUUUCAGGUUUUUUUUUAAAUUCACAGUUCUAUUCAUGUGACAUAGGACAUCUAUUCCAUGUGUGUAAUGCACAGAGAUAACACUAGAACAAUUAAGCAAAGCUUCUGCAGGGCUGUACAGUGUACACAAGGCUCAGUAUACUUGCUGGCUGGGCCUCCAGACUGGAUCCUUGCUAGGGACCAAGUGCAGUACAGUGGUGGCCUUUAGAAUGAUGUUAUGGAACUACUGGUAGUCCAAAGACGUCCAACUAAGUUAAGGUGAUAUAAGAAGACAGAGUCCUUGAAGGUAGGUUUUGCUACUGAACAUUUUUAUUAUUAGAGUUGUAAAAUGAUCACUUAAUUCUGUGAAGUUAUGUUUGCAGAUACAUUGUAACGUUUUGCCAAAGAUCAUACCAAAGAGUGAAUUACAUGUAGCACUAUUGCCUAGCCAUGCUUGCACUAAAGCAAUGAUUGGAUGCCACUACAGUGAAGCUAGAAAAGAAUGCAUUGGACAAUAAGAGAUAGUAGGUCAUUUGCACUGACAUAGUUGCACUUUUUCUCCAGCGCCAUGAGAAAAUUUGUUCUAUUAUCACACUUGCAGGGAUUGAUCCACUUGUGUUCCUCAUUGGAUAUGAUUGUGUUAUACUGUGCCAAGUGUCAUGUACCUUUACCCAUACAGGCUGAGCUUGUUAUUGCUUCUACUGCAUAAGCAUCUUAUUAAAAUGAAAUGUUACAAGUGGCAUUUGCUGAUAAAGGCUUUCGAAAGAAAAACAGCAUAUUCACAAGUGUCUAAACCCAGGAAGCAGUUAUUAAAGGGGUUGUCCACCUUCAAACACCUAGUUGUUUUCAGAUACAUCACCAGAACUAAAGACAUUUUCCAACUACUUUCUAUUUUCUAUGUGUGGCAGUUUUUCUAAUAUU